CAGAGAGGUUUGUAAUACAAGCACGGCGGAACCUGCCGCCCAAUUUUCUUAUCGCCGAUUAUCCCCUCCAUCGCUCCCUUCCCCUAUCACCUCGUCGGGCUUUCCACAAUGAGUCCAUUCAACCAUGACCACCACAGCCGCCGACGCGGCGUCAAUCCCCAUAUUCCUCUUAAAGACCAAAUCGACACCCCACGACGGCUAUGAAGAAUUCUUCUCCGCUACCAAAAUCGCAGGCCAUGACCUCACCCCGACAUUCGUCCCGGUCCUCGAACAUAAGCUCUUAGAACCAGGACUGGAUACCUUGCGCCAAUUGCUUCGCUCACGGCGGAUAAACGAUACCGGCGAUGAGGGAACAUACGGAGGGAUGAUCUUCACAUCCCAGCGCGCCGUUGAAGCAUUCACAAGUCUAGUCGCCGAAGGCCCCCCCUCCUCCACCGACACCACCUGGCCCUCCCUCUCCCAAACCCCCAUCUACACCGUCGGCCCCGCCACCACCCGCGCCCUGCGCUCCAUCCCCUCCACCCCGCCGCUCCAAAUCCACGGCUCCGAGACCGGCAACGGCGAAGCCCUCGCCGCCUACAUGCUCACUCACUACCUCCCCACCGCCCCUCAUCCACGCCCUCACCUCCUCUUCCUCGUCGGCGACAACAGGCGGGACAUCAUCCCCAAGACGUUAAUGGGCGACUCCCUCCCUCCCAACGAACGAAUCCGCGUCGACGAGCUAGAAGUCUAUGGCACCACCACGCGAUCCAGUUUCCCCACCGCCUUCGCCUCCGCGCUCUCCGCGUCCUCUAGUGCCGAAACGCGAUGGGUGGUGAUCUUCUCCCCCACCGGGUGCGAAGCCGCGUUACGGGAACUGGGACUACUGGACGAGGAGACGGGGAGGGUGAAGACGGGGGAGAGGGGAGGGGGGUGCGGGAUCAGGAGGGGGAGGAGACAGACGUAUGUUGCUACUAUUGGGCCGACGACGAGGGAUUACUUGAGGAGGGAGUUUGGGUUUGAGGCGGAUGUUUGUGCGGAGGUGCCGAGUCCGAAGGGGGUGGGGGAGGCCAUUAAAAAAUUCAUCGUGGGGUUGGAAUGA